AUGUUAAUACAUGCUAAAGCAAUGAAUUUGUCAGACGACCGUACUAAGCACAAAAUUUUGCAGUUAGAUUAUGAAUCGAUGGCAGAUGGAUACGGACGAGUUGAUCAAUCGACAGUCAAAAUUUUCAAAGCAUUCAAGACCAAAUGUCCGAGAAUACGCAAUUACAUGUCAAUAAGUGCUCGUGAGAAUAUGCAGACGGUAACUGAAGACAGGUUAGUCAUUGGAUCUUACAGUUUGCCAACUGGCAUACUUUGA